AUGGAGUGUAAUUUGGAAAAUUUUGUGAAGAAUCCCACUUUAGAGCAGCUACAAAAAUGUAGAAAAGUUGAUUUGUUACUCAUUGCAAAUCAAUGUAAUAUUGAUGUAGCAGCGAAUCCUAAGAAGGAGGAGCUGCUUCAGCUUGUAACUGGUCAGCUUGUGGAUAGAGGUUUGCUGCCCUUGGGAGAUGCAGGAAAGGCUGAUGUGGCACCCCCACAGACAGUUCCACCAGUCGCUGCCGCCCUUUCUGACCCUCCUGUGUUGCUGGGGAUGUCGGCUGAGGAGCUCAGACUGACCCUCCACCUGAAGGAGAUGGAGGUGCAGGCCAUGCAUCUGAGGGUGAGAGCUUUGGAGCUGGAACGCCUGCCUAGCACCCCCAGUCAACCCAGUCAGCAAACCCCACACUUAUCUGCAAGCAGUUUUGAUGUAAGCAAACACAUUGCUCUUGUUCCGUCCUUCAGAGAGUCUGAGGUGGACUCGUACUUCAGUGCAUUCGAAAGGAUAGCAGCUGCUCUUAAUUGGCCAAAGGAUGUUUGGUCCCUGUUGCUCCAAUGCAAGUUGGUGGGUAAAGCCCAGGAGGUUUGUGCCAGCCUCACACUUGAGCAGAGCUUAAACUAUGACAUCGUUAAAGCUACUGUGCUGAGGGCUUAUGAGCUUGUGCCCGAGGCUUAUAGGCAAAAAUUUAGAUCAUGUGUUAAAAGUGAAUGCCAUCACCCAGCCCGAUUCCUUUCCCUUGCCCCGUAUGGAUGACUGUGUAGAUCGUGUGGGGUCGGCCAAGUAUGUAAUGAAGUUAGACCUUCUUAAAGGGUAUUGGCAGGUGCCCCUUACAGAGCAUGCAUCCGACAUCUCUGCUUUUGUCACCCCUGAUCACUUCUUGCAGUACACCGUGAUGCCUUUUGGGCUGAGGAAUGCGCCGGCCACUUUCCAACGGCUGAUGAAUAGAGUCCUUUCAGGUGUGGAGAAUUGUGAAGUCUACCUGGAUGAUAUUGUCUGUUACUCCUCCACCUGGCCCGAGCAUGUUAACAUCCUAGGAGAAGUGUUCAGAAGGUUGGAAGCUGCUUCACUCACAUUAAACUUAGCCAAGUGUGAAUUUGGAAAAGCUGUGGUCACCUACUUGGGUAAGCAGGUAGGACAGGGACAAAUGCGCCCUGUCGGCCAAAGUCCAAGCCAUCCUAGACUUUCCUGUGCCAGAAACACGUCGGCAACUGCAGCAUUUUCUGGGCAUGUGUGGGUACUACAGAGGCUUCUGUAGGAACUUUACCAGCGUUGUUGCACCCCUCACUAGCUUAGUUAGCCCUGCUGUAAAGUUCGAGUGGACUGACGUGUGCCAGGAGUCUUUUGCUUCCGCCAAGGCUCUUCUGUGUAGUGCACCCGUUUUGUCAGCACCUGUGUUUGACCGUCCCUUUAAGGUCGAGGUAGAUGCCAGUGCUUAUGGUGCAGGCGCGGUCCUUUUGCAGGAAGAUGAUAAAGGCAUCGACCAUCCCGUGUGCUACUUCUCUAAGAAAUUCAAUAAGCAUCAGCUUAAGUACAGCACCAUAGAAAAGGAAGCCCUCGUCUUACUGUUUGCUUUACAGCAUUUCGAAGUUUAUGUCGGUUCCAGUCCCGUUCCGGUUAUCGUCUAUUCUGACCAUAACCCCCUUGAGUUUUUGUCACGCAUGCGCAACCACAACCAGCGCCUUAUGCGUUGGUCCUUACUGUUACAGGACUACUAUAUUGAGAUCCCCCACAUUAAAGGGGCAGAUAAUCUGGUAGCUGAUACAUUGUCUCGGGUAGGUUGUUAAGGUGUGCCUCGUGUUGCGUUUAGGGUGCUAUGGUAAUUUUGAUGUUUCAGUGUUUCAAACCUUUAUUUAGAGAGAAUAAAUGUUUGAUCUUAGGUAGGGGGUGUUAUGACCAGGGGUCAUAGGUUUCCUGUUUUCUUUUCAUCAGCACAUUUUGUUUGUGGGUAACCCUCCCUACCUGUGGUAGGUGCUGUUCCUGUGUCUGUUUUGUUUUUCAGGAGAGGACUGUGGCCUGA